GGAAAAUACGAGAUAGCUAGCAGGGACGGAUUGACUAUGGGGCAGGAAGAACCUGUUACCGAUGCAAUAGAUUAUUUUGUUAGGGAGGAGAAAAUAAAAAAGCGAGGGAAUGUUCAGCUGUCUCUAGCCCUGAAGACGCUGGAAGAUGUUUCCAAAAGUAAAGGACUUUCUGCUGAUGACAUCAUUGCACUUACUGACGUAGCAGCAAGUGGUCGUCAUGGUGAUGAAUUGAGCUGCAAGUUGAUAAAAUGUCUGAUUCCUGCCUCCGUGUUUCCAGACAGAGCUGUAGUAAUGGUAUUCUCCUAUACGUGUGCCAGCAUAGCAUCCACUAAAGUACAGGCUAUGCUUCUGAGACUACUGAUUGCGGUCUAUGACUAUGUUGAGAAAAAGGAAACAAUGCAGAAACUGGGAUAUCUUCUCUUCUGUCUGAUCGAAAACUCCAUCCUGACCCCCUAUAUUUGUCAUCUUCUGUACAAUUUGACGAGAAAGGAGGAUGUUCGACUUUUUCGAGUCAGAAAGCUGCUGGAGUUACAAACUAGAAUAGGGAUCCAGCCAUACCUCUCGGGUUUAUUGUCCGUUUACAAAUUGUACUUUCCCAAUCUGGUGUCUAUAGAAAUACCCAGUACUAGAAAGCAAUUCUUUCCCUCCAGUGACAAAUAUUGGUAUGCUGUGAUCCGAAACGUACAGGAACGAAACCAAGCUGCUGAAACCUCUCACAUGAGGUCCUCGCUGGAGUUAUCUGAGAAACUGAGAGCAGCAGGGGGCCUGCAGGGCAUUCCGCCAUCCAAGAGGAGAAAGAUUGAUCCAAUACCAUAUGUGCACUCUAGCAACUCUACUCUGACCGUGAAGCUGUCAAGUCGACUGAAGGCCAUGCUGGAGGAGAAGCCGAUUCCAUUUGUACAGAUACCAGACAUUGACACCUUACUGAAGAACCCAGAAAAAGUAGAGCUACCGAGCCAGAUGGGGGCAGCCCUGCGGAGUCCCGUGCUGCAGUAUUUGAUGUCCUACAGUGCCGACCCAGUCAUGACACGUCGCUUCUCGUUCUGGUUACAGGAUACCCUGUCUAAUGAACUGCUGGACUGUUCACAUUCUGCAGCGUCUUUUCCUAGAAUAGAGUCCUUUCUAGAAAAAUUGAUUCAGUUCACAGAAUUUAUUCAGGAAGGUAUACCAGUCGUGGAUAAGGUUUUAUUCCGGUAUCUGCAGAUCUGGAAUGGGCUGGAUUUCAGACAGCAGGUGCUGAGACUUGUAACCAGGUGUAGACUAUACCCAUUCUCAGUGUUACUUGAGAAUAUCUUAGAGCCUCUAAGAAAGCUGUUUGUCAGGACGUCAGUAUUUAUAAAGUGCCAAAUAAUAAUGUGCUUGACACAGCUGUUACGUAAUUAUGCAGCAGUGGAAAUACCCAGAUACAACUUGAAAUAUCCAGAUUCGAAACCGUGUGUGUCGGUGUUUGAGGAUGACAUAGGAAUGUUUGACGCGUUGUCGACGGUGAUAAAGUUGAUCCAGUAUGUGGACCGACUCGUCAGUGUGGGACUCUCCCUAGACAACAACCACAGCCUGUUGCUUCAUUUCACACUGACCUUCAAUGAAAUGGUCUCUGUCAUGCAUACUCAGUACGGACUGCCGUUUGUGUAUUUGCCGAGUCGCCACGUAAUCAGAGCCCUCCUUACUGACAAUGCAAUGGGUCCCGCAAGAGUAUGUGGAGUUAUUAAUAGCUACAAGAAGAACUGUCAGAAAUUGAAGGAGGACUCGGUGAGCAGUGAGAUAGACAUCCCUGCGUACUGCAAGAAGGAGACCAUCCACAGCCUGAACGUCCUCAUCCUGGACCUCUGCGACACGCUCUGGAGAAGGAGGGCCUUCACGCAUGGCCGCAUCGACUCCCAUUUUAACUUUGAGGAUGGACUCCUCGACAUUGAAGCUAAUGAUUGCCUGUCACUCUAUCUUCAUCAAGCCUUCCUUCCAUUCUCAUUGUUGUUUCUGAAGGAGACUCAACCAAAAGAAAGAAUUGGACAUCCAAAGGGAAUCAAGGAAGUUCGAGACACUUUUAUGGAAUUCUUAGAGAGAGAAAAUAUCAGCGAAGUAAAGGAAUUUAUCUUAAACACAAUAACACGGUACAGAAAUUCAACAGGCACUCAUCAACAAACUGCAGAAAUAUCAACACGGUACAGAAAUUCAACAGGCACUUGAGACCCACAAUCAUCAACACACUGCAGAAAUUCAACAGGCACUCAUCAACACUCUGCAGAAAUUCAACAGGCACUUAAGACCCACAAUCAUCAGCACACUGCAGAAAUUCAACAGGCACUCGGGAUCCACAGUUACUAACAAACUGCAGAACUACACUGUAGAUUUGCCCCUUCUGGAUGCUGUGGAAUCUGUAAACUGUGUACAUGUGGUAGCAUUAAACUUCGACUUCUUUUAAUGUAAGAAUUAUUCCGCAUUUCGGAAAUUGUCGAAUCCAAAGGGUUUUACUGAUACCAAGCAUGUGUGGCUCAGACACCACCGGGGAAAUGAGAGAGCUGUCAUCAAACACAUAGUCUGCAGCUUCCAUUUUGAUAUUUUAUCAUGAUCAUUUAUCAUUAUUUGCUAACAAGACUUUACAACAUGAAAACCACAAAAUUCAGUCUGUUGUUAGAAAUAAAGGAAUGAGCAGGAAAUGUGGAUGACUGACAAUAAUGGUCUGUUUGUACAUAUACAAGUGUAAACAUCAGCUCUGUCACUGUACAUAUAAACAACAGCUCUGUCACUGUACAUGUAAACAUCAGUCUGUUUGUACAUAUAAACAUCAGCUCUGUCACUGUACAUAUAAACAUCAGUCUGUUUGUACAUAUAAACAUCAGCUCUGUCACUGUACAUAUAAACAUCAGUCUGUUUGUACAUAUAAACAUCAGCUCUGUCACUGUACAUAUAAACAUCAGUCUGUUUGUACAUAUACAAGUGUAAACAUCAGCUCUGUCACUGUACAUGUAAACAUCAGCUCUGUCACUGUACAUAUAAACAUCAGUCUGUUUGUACAUAUACAAGUGUAAACAUCAGCUCUGUCACUGUACAUAUAAACAUCAGCUCUGUCACUGUACAUGUAAACAUCAGCUCUGUCACUGUACAUAUAAACAUCAGUCUGUCACUGUACAUAUAAACAUCAGCUCUGUCACUGUACAUGUAAACAUCAGCUCUGUCACUGUACAUGUAAACAUCAGCUCUGUCACUGUACAUAUAAACAUCAGUCUGUUUGUACAUAUACAAGUGUAAACAUCAGCUCUGUCACUGUACAUAUAAACAUCAGCUCUGUCACUGUACAUGUAAACAUCAGUCUGUUUGUACAUAUAAACAUCAGCUCUGUCACUGUACAUAUAACCAUCAGUCUGUUUGUACAUAUACAAGUGUAAACAUCAGCUCUGUCACUGGUUAGUGUAUUGACUUGGGUAUAUUUUAUCUGUAAACAUCAGCUCUGUCACUGGUUAGUGUAUUGACUUAGGUAUAUUUUAUCUGUAAACAUCAGCUCUGUCACUGGUUAGUGUAUUGACUUGGUAGGUAUAUUUUAUCUGGUUUGAUAUUGACCAGUAUACUCUUAUUGUGGAAUUAUCACGGUCUCCGGACAGGAAGUGAUCCAAAUACAACUGUGUAACACUCUGUUGUCGUUCAGUUGGACAUUUUACAUGUGAUAAGGAUUUUAAACAAAGAUAUUGAGCUGUUGAAAUUCAUGAAUUUAGAAGUUCAUUGAGUUUGACUAAUUAUUGUAACCAUCAUGCAUGUCAGCAAUUGUAAUUCACUAAUGUUGCUGUUAUAUCUCUUAUUGUAGUUGACUAUAAAAACUGCUUCCUUUAUAUGCAGUUAUUCACUAUAAACAGUCUCAAUGAAUAUGAGGAUUUACUGUAUUACUUGCUAGAUAGUGAGUUCUGUAAGCAAUCUUAAUUUGUUGAAAACAGAUACCUGUUUUUGGUAUGUUAAAAUACUAACUCGUGUUAUUUAUGUAAAUUGUAUAUUAAGUGCAAUAAAAAGUAAGACAU